GUAAUACUGGUCGAGAGUCGAGAGUGCAUUGGUGCUCGAUGCGUUCGGUGUGUUCUAUCACGUUCUCUAUCUUUGAUUCGAAACGUCAUUGCAGCUGAAUGUUCGCUCGCGAAUGUAAUCUCUGUAUGUAGGCUAUCGCCGACUGUUAACCAGAGGUGAUGAUAAGAGAAUGUCCACAAUAAUGGCAUCGGCAUUGGAGCAAUUUGUAAAUAACGUUCGCACGCUUUCGAAACAAGGCAAUUUCAGGGAAUUAUAUGACAUUAUAAGCAAAAGCGUCGAGGUGUUGACAAAAAAUGGACAACAUUUGGACAAUGUUUUGGAAACGUUGGAUUUGCAACAACAUUCGUUGGGUAUUCUGGCGGUGCUCUGUGCAAAAUUUUCACUGCCCAAUCCUAAUGGAGGAAAUAAUCCUGAAGCACAGAAACUCUUGUUUAAUCAAGUUCAAGAAUUUAUUAUUGGUUGUAAUGGAGAACAAGUUAGAUUUGCGCCAGAUACAUAUGCAGAUUUGUGUCACCUGUUUACACAAAGUUUAGUUGAAUCAAAAACGUCAUUACGUGGAAUUGAAUUGUUGCGUCGUGCGAUACGCAAAAUACAACUGUUCGACAGUCAGCUAACCUCAAUACACGCAGAUCUUUGUCAGUUAUGCCUUCUGUCUAAAUGUUUUAAGCCAGCACUUGAGUUUCUUGACAUAGAUGUCACAGGCAUUAGCCAGGAAGGAGGCCAGUUUGACUCAAAAUAUUUCUUAUUGUACUAUUAUUAUGGUGGUAUGAUAUAUACAGCACUAAAAAAUUACGAUCGGGCAUUAUUUUUUGAAGUAUGUGUAACGACACCUGCAAUGGCGGUUAGCUAUAUCAUGCUGGAGGCCUAUAAAAAGUAUAUUUUGAUCUCACUAAUAUUACAUGGAAAAGUACUAAAUCUACCAAGGUACACGAGCCAAGUGAUUAAUAGAUAUAUCAAGCCAUUGAGUCAACAAUAUCAAGAAUUAGCUACAGCCUAUCUGGUCAAUAGCUGCGAGGAAGUGCAGAACAUUAUCACCAAGUAUCAGCAAAUAUUUGUAAGAGAUCAUAACUUGGGACUUGUAAAGCAGGUGCUCGCUUAUUUAUAUAAGAAGAACAUACAGAGGCUCACCAAAACUUUCCUGACACUUAGCUUGAGUGAUGUCGCGAGUAGAGUUCAGUUGUCAGGACCCGCUGAAGCCGAAAAGUAUAUCUUAAACAUGAUUGAAGACGGUGAAAUUUUUGCAACUAUUAAUCAGAAAGAUGGUAUGGUAGUAUUUCAUGACGAUCCUGAAAAAUACAAUUCACCACAAAUGCUUGCAAAUUUUGAGAAGGAAAUGGCAGCAUGUACGGAACUAGAUAAGCGAGUAUUAGAAAUGGAAGAGGAGGUUGUCCUUACUCCGCAAUACGUUCGCAAAGCUUGUGGACAGAACGAUCAGGACGAUCAAGCUGCUGGACCUGCACCAACGAAUGUUACGAAUGCGCAGGGCCAAAUUAAACAAAACACCUAUUCUAUGUAACAUAUACAUGUCGUUGUGUGUUAUUUUUAUUAAAAAAGUGAUAAAUCACGAAAAAUCUUGUUGAGAGUCAAGACUUCAGUAUCUGAAAGCUUGUUUUUUUGAAUAAUGAUAGUAAUUAGGGAAAUAUUUUUGCGACUCAUAUGUCGCCUAUUUUGUAAACACGAUUUAUGAAUAAGAUUCUUUUAUAUAUACCUGUAUAUACGUUACAGAGAUUUUAUUUAUAUUAUCAUUAUAAUACAGAUUAAAUAUGACAUACUGCAAUAUUAUAUUAUUGUAUUAUUCACACGUAUAUAAUCUAUAGCAAUCGUAUAUGGCACAUUAUCCAUUUAUUAAAAUCUCUGUAACAAUUUGAAAUUAAGUUCAUAUGAAUCAUAUAAUUAUCCAUAAAAUAAUUAACUUCUUUGUAGUUAAGCAUUCUCAUGUCAUGCUCAUUGUUAUAAAAUAAUAGAUUCAUUUUAU